CGCGCGCAGUCUCUGAUGACGAGCACAAGUCAACAGUGCAGCGGCGAAGAUGGGAUGCAGAGAUCGUGGACUUUGCGUGGGCCAUGUUGUGAUGGUCUGAAGGUAAAACAAAGCUUAGGCUGGGCUAAAUUAUGAUCAGUAAACCUCUGGCAUUGAGCUCUCUCCACUGAGGCAAUGAGGCAAGCAGUAACCGCCACUCUGUCAGUGUGGGGCGAGAGGCGUUUCGGCUACUCCACCCUCAAGGACUCCAGCGAAUCUCUGCUGGACGAGCGCAAGCUGAGGCCUGGCCUUAAAGAAGACUCUGUUAUUGAAGAGAAGGAGAGAGCAGAGAAUGAGCAGGAGCAGCUGGAGGCCGUGCUGGGACUUCCAUCGUCCCCUGUGGAGGACACCCACCAAACAGGCACCACAGAGCCCUCAGACGCCACGCUGGAGUCAUGCCAGGCCCAGAAAAAGAGCGAUGAGAUGGAGGCGUCUCUACUGUCUGGCCCCAAGAACAUUGAUUCUGGGAGGAAGGGGUCUCUUGGUGCUUUGCCAGUGCAGCGCUGCAGUUCCCUGGGCACUACGGCCCCCCAAUGGGUCCCUGAUUCCCAGGCACCAGCAUGCAUGAAAUGUGGAUCCAAAUUCUCCUUCACCAAAAGACGUCAUCACUGCAGAGCAUGUGGGAAGGUUUUUUGUGUGGUGUGCUGUGAUCUGAGAUACAAACUCACUCACCUGGGUGGGAAAGAGGGUCGCGUUUGUGUCACCUGUCAUUCAACUUUGAUUAAUCGCACACUUCGAAAGGACCAAAGAAGGUUUGGUUUGCAGAUAAUGUCCUUCCUCAAUCUGAAAGUAGAAGUGCCAACAGUUCUCCUAUACACAGGAGGGUGUCCCACACACAGAGCGCUGAACUCGCUCAGGCGGUAUGAAGAUGUGUCUGACCUUAGAGCAGCAGAAGUCAGUGGUCUCAGUAGCAACACGAAGCCCACUCCACCAAAGGAACUUCCCCCCAUUCUGACAUCAACUGGGGUCAAAGGAGACUAUACACUGGAGGAGAAGAGAACAGAGUCGUCGCUCUUAGAGGAGUUGGAGAGAGGUCUUGCAGAGCCUUUGGUGUUUGUGCUUAAUGCAAACCUUCUGGCCGUGGUGAAGAUCGUCAGCUAUGUGAACCGACGGUGCUGGUGCGUAAUGUCGAAGGGCAUGCAUGCUGUUGGACAGCCUGAGGUGGUCAUUCUACUGCAGUGUUUGCCAGAGGAGAAGAGAUUCCCGACGGAUAUUUUCAAUCAUUUCAUUCAGAUCUACUGGAUGCCCAACAGGUGA